AUGGCCGCCGCCGCCUCGUCUGCCCCGGAAUUGGGUGCCGCCGUCAACACGCUGCAUCCAAAUCCUAACCUCGUCGCCGUUGCUCCCAUGGGCACGAUGCCCUCCGCCGCUCCUUAUGAGACAUCACCUUCUCAACCUGCUCACCAGACUCUUGGCACCGCUCCCCCCGGUUCUGCGCCAACACCAGUGCCUGCAUCGGGCCCUGUACCUGCGGGUGCUCCUGCGGGUGGCCUGUUGGCAGCCUCGGCCGCGACGCCGUCGGCAUCGCGCAGUGUGAAGAGGCCACGGCCAGUCAAGUCGUGUACCGAAUGUCGCAAGCGCAAGCUACGAUGCGACCGGAAUCUGCCCUGUUCCCAGUGCCAGAAGUCGCACCGCAACUGCAAGUACGCCGCCGAACAUGACAUGUCAAUGCUAUCCGACGGCUCGGACGUCGAAAUGGGCGAUCCUCAACGUCCACCCAAGAGGAACUGUUUACCCACGGGAACCGCUUCAGGGCCGCAGCCGGCAGAGUCAUCGUCAGUGUUCGUUCCUCUGCGCAAUGGAGAUGGGACCGGGCACUCGGCCUUGGAGGAACUCACAUCCCGACUGGACCGCUUAGAGAAGCAGUUCAUGAUCAAGAGCCCGGCAGGCACCGAGUUCAGCGGAGCUGGCCAGCGUUUGCCGCUAUCGCCAGAGACAAUACGAGGGCUGACAGUCAAGAGGGGCGCUUUGAGAACGCGCUUCUUCGGUCAGAAUAGCAUCGUGCCCCUAACCGAUCCCUCCCAGUUCGACGAAGCCAAGGAGUUCAUGGCAAACCAAUCCAAGAUCGACGGUAUUCGAGACACCAUGUAUGGCUUACAAGUGCUUCACAAGAGGAUACAGGAAGAGUACCGAAAGUCCCUGUCGCCCAUUUCUGUCUUUGCCGACUCGGUGGUUCCUGUACAGAAGCGCAUGCAGGACAUCCUUCCUAAAAAGGCAAUCUGCGACAGGCUGCUGGCCUCUUACAUCGAUACGUCGGAAACCAUCUACCGAAUGAUCCAUGUCCCAACCUUUAAAGAGCAGCACGAGCUGUUUUGGGAGGGCAAAUUACCGGGAGACGCAUUUCUCCCCCAACUUCUCACCGUUCUCUCCAUUGGGUCCAGGUUCGAGACGAAAUCAAAGGGGCUUGGCCACGAACGCGUCGAGGGCGUGCAUAUUCCCACUGCUUGCGCGCUGGUCAGGUCGUGGUUGGACGGUCUGAAGGGAAAACAGCUUGUUGACCUGACUACGUUGCAGACGGAAAUGCUACUGGUUCACGCACAGAGAAUGACGACACCACGACCGCAGGAUUCUUGGGCGCAGCUGGGCUACAUCGUGCGGAUGGCGAUGACGAUGGGCUUGCACAGAGACCCUUCGGAAUUCGAGCCUCGUGUACCCGUGUUCUUCGGCGAGCUGAGGAGAAGACUAUGGUUCACGAUCCUGGACAUGGAUUUGCAUCUUUCGCUCGCCUGCAACCUCUCAUGUCUCGUCCGGGAAGGAGACUUUACUUGCAGACCACCACGAAACCUCGACGACAACGACUUGUUCCUUGAGAUGAAGGAGUUGCCACCAAGCAAGCCGAUUGACCAACUCACCGACAACCAAAUGCAGGUGUAUGCUGCCAUGACUUUAGGUGUCCGAAUGCAGGUCGCGCACCUGAUCAACCGCGUCGAUUCGAUCCGGGACUACAGCGAGGUCCUGGAAGUCGGAACCAAACUCGAUAGGUUCUUGGAGGAUAUCAACUACUUGUUUCCCCGACACGGUAUUCUGAACGAGGUGGAGAAGAGCAAGCAGUGGAGGUCUAGGGUCAUACUCGACAUGCACGUUCGACGGCCAUUAUUGGCCCUGUAUCGACCGUUCGCCUUGGGCUUGCCAGACGCACCAUCACAAAUCUCGAGGGCGUACCUGCGAUCUUCCAUGGUCAUAAUGCGAUACCUCGACGAACUCGAUCCGCUUCUCACACACUUCCAAGACAUCAGCGACAUGUAUCACAUGGUUUUGAAGAAGGACAUCCUGCAAGCAGCUUUCAGCGUCUGCUUCUACAUCAAGGCGGCGAUCGAGUCGCAUGCCAAUGGCAACACCCUCGGCAUCUCGUCGACUGUGGCAAUGUCACCCGAUCCUAUGGACGACGGCGUGGCUUUCAGCACGGAGACCUUCGCUCUGUGGUCGCCAUCGCGCUUGAUCAAGACGGUCGAGAAGACUCUCAACCUGCUGGUCCGUAACGUUGGUGGGAACGACGUGAAGGACAUUGUUGCCCUGUCCGUUGUCUUGUCAUCGGUGCAGUCCACGAAUCAAGAGCAGAAAUUGCACGACAUCCGCCGCAAUCUCCAGACCGUCCUGGAAGCAUGCCAGGCCGCGACCAACACCAAUCCCGAAAAGAUGUCAAUGCCGAUUCCGAACACGGCCGAUCCAAUGGAUCCGUACAUGCAGACGAGACCGCAAUUCAUGUUCCACGCGAAUGCGUCAACGGCUGCGACUCCGGAUGAUUAUGCUGAUUGGGAUCUGGACUACUGGAACCCGAUGAUACCAGGACCUUCCUAA